AUGACUUCCACUAUCGAUCCAAAGACCAUCGGGAAGCCUGCCCGGACGCGUAGACAUGUCAGGUCCCUCACUGGAUACACCCCAGAGACGGACGAGGAAGGAAAGGAGAAAUGGCCGAAGGGAGACGAGAAGGUUUGGAGAACAGCUCUGCGUGGUCUUGACACCGACGUUCCUUCCAUCACCAAGUCUGUCGUGAACCAUGUCCAGACGUCCCUGGCCCGUCAGGCGUACAACCUGGAUAACCUCGGUGCAUACCAAGCUGCCGCACUCUCUGUCCGGGACAACCUCAUUCUCAACUGGAACGAUACACAAAUGCAUUACACGCGGAAAGCGCCAAAGCGUGCAUACUACCUUUCACUUGAAUUCCUCAUGGGCCGCACGCUCGAUAACGCACUGCUCAAUCUUGGGUUGAAAGACAAGUACCAGGAAGGCGUGCACCAGCUCGGGUUCAACCUCGAAGAUAUCCUCGAGCAGGAGCGUGACGCUGCGCUUGGGAACGGAGGCCUGGGCCGCCUGGCAGCGUGCUACCUAGACUCGUCUGCGUCGCAGGAGCUGCCCGUGUGGGGGUACGGGCUGCGGUACAAGUACGGUAUCUUCCAGCAGCUCAUCGGUCCCGACGGAAGCCAGCUCGAGGCGCCCGACCCGUGGCUCCAGCAAGGUGAUAACCCAUGGGAGCUCCCCCGUCUCGACGUUACGUACGAGGUGCGCUUCUACGGGCAUGCGGAGCGUCUCGAUGGCAUGAAGGCUAUCUGGAGCGGUGGGCAGGAGGUGGUGGCGAUGGCAUAUGACACGAUGAUCCCCGGUUACGACACGAAGAGCACGAAUAACCUCCGGUUGUGGGAGAGUAAGCCAAAGCGUGGAUUCGACUUGCAGAGCUUCAACGCGGGUGACUACGAACGCGCUGUGGAAUCGUCGAACAGUGCGGAGGCGAUCACCUCUGUCCUCUAUCCGAAUGACCACACUACUUUCGGAAAGGAACUCCGGCUCAAGCAGCAGUACUUCUGGACUGCUGCCAGCUUGGCCGACAUCAUGCGUCGCUUCAAAAACUUGGGCAAGCCGAUUACAGAAUUCCCCGAUUACGUGGCAAUUCAGUUGAAUGACACUCACCCGACGCUGGCGAUCCCAGAGCUGAUGCGCAUUUUUAUCGAUGAGGAGGACGUCCCAUGGGAUGCUGCGUGGCAGCUUGUCACGAACACGUUCUUCUUCACGAACCAUACCGUCUUACCAGAAGCACUAGAGAAAUGGCCCGUUCCUUUGAUGCAGUCGUUGCUUCCUCGGCACAUGCAGAUUAUCUUUGAUAUUCACUAUCUCCAUGUAGCUGUGGAGAAGAAGUUCCCCGGGGAUCGCGACAAGUUCGCGAGGAUGUCCCUCAUUGAAGAGGGAUACCCUCAGCAAGUGCGCAUGGCAAACUUGGCGUGCAUCGGAAGUAGAAAAGUGAACGGUGUGGCCGAGCUGCACAGUGAGCUGGUCAGGACGACUAUCAUGAAGGACUUUGUGGAUUACUAUGGUAUCAGCAAGUUCGCUAAUGUCACUAACGGCAUUACACCGCGUCGUUGGCUUGAUCAGUGUAACCCUGGCCUCAGCAAGCUCAUCAGCGAGACACUCAAGCUGCCCAAGGCCGCAUUCUUGAAAGAUCUUUUCAAGCUUGAGGGAUUGCUCAAGUUCGUCGACGACCCGAUCUUCCAAAAGAAAUGGGCAGCCAUCAAGCAGAGCAACAAGGAGCGCCUCGCGCAUUAUGUGGAGACAACGUUAGGUCUGAAGAUUAACACGCAUGCCAUGUUCGAUGUGCAGAUCAAGCGUCUCCAUGAGUAUAAGCGUCAAACACUCAACAUCAUGGGUGUCAUCCACAGGUAUCUCACGUUGAAAGAUAUGACCCCCGAGCAGCGUAAGACUGUUAAUCCCAAGGUUGUCUUCUUCGCUGGCAAGGCUGCUCCAGGAUACUACAUUGCUAAACUGACUAUCCGCCUUAUCGUCAAUGCUGCGCGCAUCAUUAACUCCGACCCCGAGACGAAGGAUAUCCUACAGCUCUAUUUCCUUCCAGACUACUCGGUCUCGCUCGCAGAGGUCCUCAUCCCCGCAUCCGAUAUCAGCCAGCACAUCUCAACGGCAGGUACGGAAGCUUCGGGCACGUCCAACAUGAAGUUCUGUUUGAAUGGCGGUCUGCUUGUUGGCACUGUGGAUGGAGCAAACAUCGAAAUCGCGGAGGAAGUGGGCGAGAACAAUGUCUUCUUCUUCGGACAUCUCACUCCUGCGGUUGAGGAUCUGCGCUACCAGCACAUGUACCAUGCUGUGCCGAUUGAACAGAAGUGUCCGCCAUUGGCCCGAGUAUUGAACGAGGUCUCAGCAGGCCGCUUCGGCGAUGGUAGUGUUUACGAGCCACUGCUCAACACCAUCCGUCAACACGAUUACUACCUCCUGACGGAGGACUUUGAUUCAUACAUCCAAGCACUCCAGCUGGUUGACGAAGCUUACCAAGAUCGCACGGAGUGGAUCAAGAAGAGCAUCAGGACCUCCGCCAAGAUGGGCAAAUUCAGCUCUGACCGCGCAAUCCAAGACUACGCCCAGGAGUAUUGGAACAUUGAAAGCACAAAGCCCGAGUGA